AUUGCAGGAGUGCCAGAGCUCGCCAGCCGAGGCAGCACGGCUCCGCGGACUUUUUUUCAAACUCCCAUCAAUGAGACUUCGAGGAGGAGCGGGAGGCGGCGGCGGCGGCGGCGGACACGCAGGAAGACGAGGAGGAGCCGGGGGAGCCAGAGGAGCCGCAGGAAGGAGCGCGGGCCGCGCGGCGCGCGGAAGACUAGGGGAGCUGCCGGCUCGCCGGCGGUAGGGGCUGCUGGCCCCCCGCCCGCCUCUCGGUCCCCUCUCCUGACUGGCCCUCCCCGCCUCAGCCGGACUGAGUCCCGGCACACGGCAGCCCGCGGCGGGUCGCCGCGCCAGCGAAGUUGGGAUGGGGGCCCGAAACCACCGCCCGGCGCCCCGGAGGCCACCUGCGUGCUAAAGGCAAACUUUUGUCUCCCUCGGGCUGUCACCCAGGACUAUGAGCAGCUAAGAUGGAGACGUCGGCCUCAGUCAUUGCCACGGAGAAGAAGGACGCCAAAAGUGGGAGCCUGGAGGGUGCCGCUUUCCCAGACCCGGGCAGGAAGGCUUCUGCUCUGGCAGUGGCCGCGGCCGCGGCGGUAGCUGCCCACGGAGUGCCGCAGCACCUCUUGCCACCGCUUCAUGCUCCCUUACCGAUUGACAUGAGACACCAGGAGGGAAGGUACCAUUAUGAGCCCCACUCUGCCCACGGCGUGCACGGGCCUCCUGCCCUAAGCGGCAGCCCUGUUAUCUCCGACAUUUCGUUGAUCCGGCUUUCCCCACACCCUGCCGGCCCUGGGGAGUCCCCCUUCAACGCCCCCCACCCAUACGUGAGCCCUCACAUGGAGCAUUACCUCCGUGCCGUGCACAGCAGCCCCACACUCCCCGCGAUCUCUGCAGCCCGGGGUCUGAGCCCCGCUGACGUGGCUCACGAGCACCUCAAGGAGAGAGGGCUGUUUGGCCUCCCCGCACCAGGCAGCAACCCCUCAGACUAUUACCAUCAGAUGACCCUCAUGGCAGGCCACCCUGCACCCUACGGGGACCUGCUGAUGCAGAGUGGGGGUGCCGCCAGUGCACCCCAUCUCCACGACUACCUCAAUCCAGUGGAUGUGUCGCGUUUCUCCAGCCCGCGGGUGACGCCGCGCCUGAGCCGCAAGCGGGCGCUGUCCAUCUCCCCGCUCUCUGAUGCCAGCCUGGACCUGCAGCGGAUGAUCCGGACCUCCCCCAACUCGCUGGUGGCCUACAUCAACAACUCCCGGAGCAGCUCUGCAGCCAGCGGCUCCUACGGGCACCUGUCGGCAGGCACCCUCAGCCCUGCUUUUACUUUUCCCCAUCCCAUCAACCCAGUGGCCUACCAGCAGAUCCUGAGCCAGCAGAGGGGCCUGGGAUCUGCCUUCGGACACACUCCACCCUUGAUCCAGCCCUCGCCCACCUUCCUGGCCCAGCAGCCCAUGCCCCUCACCUCUAUCAACGCCACGCCCACCCAGCUCAGCAGCAGCAGCAACUGUCUGAGCAAUGCCACCCAGAACAAGCCGAGCAGCGAGUCGGCUGUGAGCAGCACGGUCAACCCCAUCGUCAUUCAUAAGCGCAGCAAGGUCAAGACAGAGGCCGAGGGCCUGCGGCCAGCCUCCCCACUGACCCUGACGCAGGAGCAGCUAGCUGACCUCAAGGAAGACCUGGACAGGGAUGACUGCAAGCAGGAGGCCGAGGUGAUCAUCUAUGAGACCAACUGCCACUGGGAGGACUGCACCAAGGAGUACGACACGCAGGAACAGCUGGUGCAUCACAUCAACAACGAGCACAUCCACGGCGAGAAGAAGGAGUUUGUGUGCCGCUGGCAGGCCUGCACCCGGGAGCAGAAGCCCUUCAAGGCGCAGUACAUGCUCGUCGUGCACAUGCGCAGACACACGGGCGAGAAGCCCCACAAGUGCACGUUCGAGGGAUGCUCAAAGGCCUACUCUCGCCUGGAGAACCUGAAGACACACCUGCGUUCCCACACUGGGGAGAAACCGUACGUGUGCGAGCAUGAGGGUUGCAAUAAGGCCUUCUCCAAUGCCUCCGACCGCGCCAAGCACCAGAACCGCACCCACUCCAACGAGAAACCCUAUAUCUGCAAGAUCCCAGGCUGUACCAAGCGAUACACGGACCCCAGCUCUCUCCGGAAGCACGUGAAAACGGUACAUGGCCCAGACGCUCAUGUCACCAAGAAGCAGCGCAACGAUGUGCACCUCCGUGCCCCCCUGCUCAAGGAGAACGGGGACAAUGAGGCCAGUGCUGAGCCCGGUGGCCGGGGCUCUGAGGAGAGUGCUGAGGCCAGCAGCACCAGCCAGGCCGUGGAGGACUGCCUACACAUCAAAGCCAUCAAGACCGAGAGCUCCGGGCUGUGUCAGUCCAGCCCCGGGGCCCAGUCAUCCUGCAGCAGUGAGCCCUCUCCCCUGGGCAGUGCCCCCAACAAUGACAGCGGCGUGGAGAUGCCAGGGACAGGGCCCGGGAGCCUGGGAGACCUGACAGCUCUGGAUGACACGCCCCCGGGGGCCGAUGCCUCAGCCCUGGCCGCUCCCUCUGCUGGUGGCUUGCAGCUGCGCAAACAUAUGACGGCCAUGCACCGGUUCGAGCAGCUCAAGAAGGAGAAGCUCAAGUCGCUCAAGGAUUCCUGCUCCUGGGCUGGGCCGGCUCCACACACCCGGAACACCAAGCUGCCUCCCCUCCCAGGAAAUGGCUCCAUCCUGGAAAACCUCAGCGGCGGCGGGCCAGCCGGGCUGCUGCCCAACCCACGUUUGUCGGAGCUGUCCGCGAGCGAGGUGACCAUGCUGAGCCACCUGCAGGAGCGCCGCGACAGCUCCACCAGCACAGUCAGCUCCGCCUACACCGUGAGCCGCCGCUCCUCCGGCAUCUCUCCCUACUUCUCCAGCCGCCGCUCCAGCGAGGCGUCGCCCCUAGGCGCCGGCCGCCCCCACAACGCCAGCUCGGCCGACUCCUACGACCCGAUCUCCACCGACGCGUCGCGGCGAUCGAGCGAGGCCAGCCAGUGCAGCGGCGUCGGGGGCGGCGGGGGCGCGGGGCCGCUCAGCCUCACUCCGGCGCAGCAGUACAGCCUGCGGGCCAAGUAUGCAGCGGCCACCGGCGGGCCGCCCCCGACCCCGCUGCCCGGCCUGGAGCGCGCGAGCCUGCGGACCAGGCUGGCGCCGCCCGCCCCCUGCCCGCGCCCGCUGGGGCCUCGGCGGGGCAGCGAUGGGCCCGCCCACGGCCACGCGGGGCCCGCGCCCGCCUUCCCCCACGAGGCGCCGGGCAGCGGGGCGCGGCGGGCCAGCGACCCAGUGAGACGGCCCGACACCCUGGCCGCGCCGCGGGUGCAGCGCUUCCACAGCGCGCAUGAUGUGAACCCGGCCCCGCUGCCGCCCUGCGCCAACCGGCGAAGCCUCCGCCUGUCAGGCCCCACGAACGCCGAUGGCGGCCUAGUCCGCAGCGCCUACUCGCCCCGUCCGCCCAGCAUCAGCGAGCACGUGACUAUGGAGGCCUUAGUUGCGGGCGCGGACAGCGCAGGGCCCGACAUGGGCCUCGUGCUGCCCGAGGACGACCUUGUGCUGCCCGACGACGUGGUGCAGUACAUCAAGGCGCACGCCAGUGGGGCCCUGGACGACAGCCCCCCGCAGGCCUACCCCCCCGAAAGCACCUGCUUCUCCGAGAACCCCAAACUGCCCAGCCCGGGGCUGCAUGGCCCGCGCAGGAUGGUGGCCGCCGACUCCAACGUGGGCCCCUCCGUCCCGGGGCUGGGAGGCUGCCAGCUGGGCUACGGGGCCCCCUCCAGCCUGAACAAAAACAGCAUGCCUGUGCAGUGGAAUGAGGUGAGCUCCGGCACCGUGGACACGCUGGCCAGCCAGGGGAAGCCUUCGCCCUUCCCGCAGGGCAACCUGGCUGUGGUGCAGCAGAAGCCAGCCUUCGGCCAGUACACAGGCUAUGGUCCUCAAGGUCUGCCCCUGAGCCCGGGGCCCCUGGACAGUGCGCAGACACACUUCCAGCCCUGCGGGGGCGGCCCCUCUGUGCCUCGGAUAAAUUAUAUGUGGCAGCCAGGGACAGGUGGUCCGUGUCCCAAUAUGACCACCACCGGGAGCCCCCACACCAACUAUGGCCAAGCCCACCCCCAGCUGAGCCCCAGUACCAUGGGUGGGGCCCUGAACCCAUACCCCCCAUCCUGCAGCAACACGGUGGCCAAGCCAGUCCACCUGGGGCUCCCCCAGCAAAUGGAAGUUGCUCCCGAAGCUGCCAUGAUGGGCAGCAACCGCAGGGAACUUGGAAUCACCAAUUCCAACCUGACCGGGAUGCCACCCCUUCACUCAACCCAGAGCUACCCACAGCAGAGCCAUCACCUGGCAACUCCCAUGAGCCAGGAGGGCUACCGCCAGGGCUCCCACCUUCUGCCUUCCCAGCAACCCGGCUUCAUGGAGCCCCAGCAGGGUGCUGUCGGGGUGGCCGGAUCCAGCUUUGGCCUAGUGCAACCCCGGCCACCCGCUGAGCCCAGCCCUGCCGGCUGCCACCGUGGGGUGCGGGCUGGGCUGCAGCUGGCCUAUGCCAGAGCCACCAGCCAUGCCAUGGCCACUGUGUCAGCCAACCAGGAGAUGGUCGAUGUGCCCAAAGGAGCGAUGGGCAACGUGGUGUCCGGGCCUCCUCAGCCAGCCCCACAGGACGUGACCGGGACCCAGGAUCACAGCAUGCUCUAUUACUAUGGCCAGAUCCACAUGUACGAACAGAACGGAGGCCUGGAGAACCAUGUGGGUUGCCAGGUUGUACGGCCCCAGCCACCGCAGCCACAGGCUUGCCCAGACAGCAUCCAGCCCCAGCCCUUGCCCUCGCCAGGGGUCAACCAGGUGUCCAGCACAGUGGACUCCCAGCUCCUGGAGGCGCCCCAGAUUGAUUUCGAUGCCAUCAUGGAUGAUGGCGAUCACUCAAGUCUGCUUUCAGGCGCCCUGAGUCCCAGCCUCCUCCACAGCCUCUCCCAGAACUCCUCCUGCCUCACCACCCCCCGGAACUCCCUGACUCUCCCUUCCAUCCCCACGGGCAUCAGCAACAUGGCUGUUGGGGACAUGAGCUCCAUGCUCACCAGCCUGGCCGAGGAGAGCAAAUUCCUGAACAUGAUGACCUAAGGUCCCAGCCCUGGGCGCUCAGCAGACUCGGAGGAGCCGUCACUUCCCAGAGCGUGGGGCUCUUGUCGAUUUUGUGUUUUUCCAAAAAAAGUAUUAAAUAGGUCUGAGGGAGUAUUGCCAAUGGCCGGUUCAGACCACAGUGGCUUUAAGGGCAGGUUUGUGUGUAUCCUGUCUGAUUUUCUUUGGGGUUAUUUUUCAGAACACUGCGAAAAGUCUCAAUGAGAAAGGCAAGGUAGAAAUGAAAAACUUGUUGGCACUGUGCUUCCCAGCCUUUGGUGUUUAUGGGACCAAAUUGUUCUGGCGUCUUUUCCUCUGUCAUUUGGCUAAUGAGGGAUUCCAUUGGCUGAGGGCUUUCCAAGUACAUGAGGGAAGAGGGUAGAGGGAACCACAUUUGGGUUUGAAUCUGAAAGCCAUACUGGAUAUUUGGAUCCAGGAAGAUGAGCUUCUCACUCUCAUACGGGCGAUGCAGAAGAAUUCUAUGAAGCUUACUUCUUGAGGCCUCUAACAUCCCCCGUGCUGCAGAGGAAGAAAAAAAGAUCUUUACCUGGAUUUGGAAGUACAUCCUGAUUCCAGGUUUGGUAGAGCGGGCACGUCUGCCCCACCCCCCAAAUCCAAGUUUGUGACUGGCAGACUGUCCAAGUGCAUACAAAUGAAUGAAGUAUGGAAGGAUUUCCAGAGAAGAGAAAGAAAAAUUGUAGUCCUUGGGGCAAGCCCAGGAGCUGUCCCGGCUUCUCCACACCAUGUUUGCAGUGUUCAUGCAUGUCGAAUGUAUCCCUUCCUGGAAAGAACACUUACUUCUAAAUACCUCGGGGCUGCUGGAGCUGCUUUGGGUUAAGGAUGGACCCAGGUGAGCCAAAGCCUGGCAUGGGGCCUCGAGAAAGAGGGAGAACGCCAGGGGCCCAGCCUCAGGCCACCCUGAAGCUCCCUCAUAAAAAAAGGAAGUCGUAUGUUUACCCAAUCCUGUUUCUCCAAUGCACUGUCCACCCACCUUACCACGGAAAAGCCCAGGACUUGACAGCAGCCUCUGCCCAGGCUCCCAAGCUGUGUUGUCCGCUCACCUGCAGCCCAGUGGUCUGUGCCGAGGCACAGUGUGCGGUCCCUGGAUCUUCUAGAUUUCCUUCCCUCCAUCCUCCUGCUCAUUUUGCAAAGUACGAUGACCUGCAUGGUGUUUUUGGUGGGGGUGGGAGGAUGACAGGGUUGAUUCUUGGGACCCUGAGGGACCAUCACUGAAUUUUCCUGUUCAGUGCAACCCAGCCCCACCUGGAAAUGGCAUUUGGAGCUGGCAUCAGAAGACAUCGUUCCUGAACGUACUGGAGGGUAACUUGAUGCCUCAUCCACACCACACACAUACACACACCGCACACCAUUCCCAUGUUGAAUUAGUGGCAACCUUGCUGAAACCAGCCGCACCACUAUGAGCCUGAUCCUGUGACCCUUGCCUCAACCGGGGCAGGACCAAAACCUUACUUGGGCAGUCCACAUUCCAGCACAUCGGAUGUUUUGUUAGGGUCCAUAAACCAAGCCAAUGCCAGAUAACAUCCCUGGGACCCCUCCAAGGGUCUGGGCUCAGUGACGGUGUUCACUCGUUCCCUGAGCUAAGAUUUUGCUAGCCCUUCCCAGCCUGUGUAUAGACUGUACAGAAGGCAUCAUCCCUGAAAAUACUGUAGGUGAAUCAGCAAGCCAAAUUUAUAUCUCCCAAAUAUUUAGCUUUUUCUACAUGCUAUGAAUUGAGAUGACACGCUCAACUUGUAAAUAAGUCUUUUUGUACAUUAAAAAAGUAAUUUUUUCAUAAU